AUGCUGUUUUUGCUUUGUAUUUGUCUAUUUUCACUGGUUGAGUGUGCGAUAGAGGUUAAGAAUGUAACAAUCACUGGCAAUGCCGUGAUCUCCACCCCAAACUUUCCGCAACAACUCGUCACCCGCUUCGGCGAAGAGCCAGCGCUCGUCGAUUGGCGCCUCACCCCGUCGAGAGUCUCGGCCCUUCGACCCGAGUUUGAUCGACUCGAUUUGACGGCGGACGAUCGUCUCUAUUUCUGCACCGAGCAGCAAUACGCGCAAUGUGCCGAGACGUGUCCUUGCGAUGACAUCGAAUUUUGGGAACGACGAAAAACCUGGCAAGCUGAAAAUGGAUCUUUGAUUAUUGCUUUUCGACCUGAAAUUCCGAAACAAGAUGCGAAACCCUUACGUCGUCUAGGGUUUAGGGCUACGAUUUUUGAAGCUGAGUUUCUGGCAUUACCAUGUACGCAAACCAUUGAUAUUACCAACCAAACUUCACCUUAUUAUUUGUUAUCAUCCGGUUCUUCUCCACUUGCGGAAUGUCGCAUAAAACUCGUGACUCAAACUAGCCAUAUGAGAACCAUCCUAUCGGACUACCACCUGGAAGGCAAUGAUCAAAUUAACAUGACAGGCUUAGAUUUUAAUGCCUAUUCAAUUGAUAGUAACACGACCGGAAUGCAAGUUUUCUAUUUUCGAAUUGUCGUCGAUAUUAGCCUACAGCUACUGAGCAAUUCCAGCUAUUUUGUGCUGUAUGCAGAACCAUAUGAAAUGCUACCUCAUAGCUGUGACCUAAACCGGACGAGUUAUCCAAAUGAGGAGUUCCGGAUUACGACAAAUGGCUAUGAUAAUUAUUUGAACUAUGCUAGCAAUCUGAAAUGCGAGGUGACAUUUGAUGGCUUGGAUGCAAAUUCACAAGCUGUCCUCGAAAUUGUGGACUUGAGAAUGGAAAAAGGGAUCGAUAUGAUGGUGCUUACUGUACUGAACAAAACGAUAUCCCAAAUGGAUCCCGAUCACCGCUUUCGGGUCUGGCCGGUCGGUCAAGCUGGGGCAUCGAUAGGAAUUUACUCAGACGCCGUUGAAAACGGCAUUGGAUUGGAUGCUAAUUUGCAUAUUUUAGAUUUUUAUCGCUACGAUCUUGAUCAAAAUACACCAAUCCUGUACCUAAAUGGUGUAUUCUGGAGUGGCAUUUAUUGGACACAACCGAAACUCUGGUUGUAUAAUAGAUCCGAAAUCGCUGUCCAUUUCAAGGGUAGCACAUCGCUGAAUCACCUAGAUACCGGCUUUGAUUUUAGGGUUACAGCAGCUAUGCCUCAAACUACAUACCUCGAUAUCUGCAAUAGUUCUAUAGUUCACAUUACAAUGCCGCAAGAGAACGCCUUUUGGCAAUAUCAAAUUACGACAUAUGGUAAUCAAUGCGGUGGAGCUAUAAAUUACAUGUUUUCUGAUCAGUUGAUUAAUACGUUUAAUCUGAGCAAUGUGGAGGGUUGCGUACUUUACGUACACAAGAUUCCCGGGGUACCAUUAAAUUUCUAUAUUGGUUGGAUGGCUGCACCUUUUACGAUUCAAAUCCCAGCGAAUUUUAGCAGUGGCGAGCAGCUUUUGCUAGAUUUUGAGCAAGACAUCCAUCUCCCCGACGAUACUAGCGUUUUGAUCGGGUCUUCCGAUUAUUUCCAAAUAACCGAUCAAACAAUGUUCAAAGGGGGAUAUGCAGCUCCAGCUUACUAUGUACACUUCCCCAACAACCAAGUCAUCGAAUUCACCCUGCUCCAAGACCUUGGGGACGGGACGCUAUAUUUUGGGAAUGAGACCCGCCGCUACAACGGCACGGACGGGGUUUUCACGAAGAUUUUGAUGAACGGCACAGAGAUCGUCUACAAUUCAACGUUGUCGGGCAACGGGCGAUUGAUUGCAAAAUUGUCGACUCAAGUGGAGACGACUAGCUCGAGCUCCGUGAUGCAGACAUCAAGUACGACCGGUCUACCGACUUCUGAGGCUGCUCACACGACGAGUUCGGGGAGUACAGCUACCGCAACGAUGGGUUCGACCGUCGUACCUCCUGUUACCACAACAAAAUUAUCUGAAUCGAAAUGUUUUAUUGGGUCUGUGUUGUUAUUACUGUCAUUAGUAGCUCUACGGAAUUGG